GAUCAUUUCCAGUUGUGCUUUUGGCUUGGUAGGAAGGUUUUUUUUUACGUUUAAAUUAUUCUGUGUGGUGUUGAAUAAUGCGGAGAGCUGUCUUGCUGGGAUUUCUGUGGACAGCAUCCAUUGUGGGAUUGCUUUCGGCGAGUGCUGUGAUCAACUGCUUGGAUGGCAAUACGUGUAACCAUGUGAGAGUGAUUGUUCAAAACCCCCAGGAUGUUAAUGAAGUGGCGCAGAAACAUCCGGGGGCUCUAGUGAUUGAUUUACACGGAAAUUUGUUGGACGAGUACCAGCAUCCACUGGCAGAACAAUGGCUAAAGCUUAACCUGUCGUAUAAUUUGAUGACGCAAGAUAUGUUUUGGAACAUUUCAAACAGUCACCUUGAAGUUGUCGAUCUAACCUACAAUCAAUUGAGAACAGUUUCUGUACCACCGUCGGUAACUGAUUUCAUAGCGGAACGAAACCAUCUCUAUGAUAUUACAAUUAGAUCGCAAAGUAGACUUCAAAGAUUGAUACUACCUAAAAAUCAAUUUGACUCACUUAAUAAAUUCACCAAUUUGCCAAAUUUGCAAGAAUUGGAUCUUUCUUGCAAUGAUCUCAGCGAGUUAAAGGUCGACCAACUAUCGACGUCGCUUCGUUCAUUGAAACUGGCAAGAAACCACAUUCACAUCAUUUCUGGAUAUAAAUCCCUCCAAUCGCUGGAGUAUCUUGACUUAUCGCAUAAUAUUCUCACAACGUUCUCUGAGUCACGCGUCGUUUUUCCUAGCGUAAGAAAUUUAUAUCUGCAGAAUAACAAAAUAGUUAUGUGGAUGAAUGUGGUCAAUAUUAACAAUCAACUUAAGGAGGUUAACCUACUUGACAACGAUUGGGACUGCAAAAAUCUAGAGCAAGUUUUGAAAAAAAUGAAGCCAAAGACAAUCCAAGGGCCACGUUCAAGAGAUAUAAACUGUCGUCAGGAACAUGAUUUUAUUUGCUGCACGUCAAGUGAAGCUCCAUACGCCGAUCGAUUGAUCAAGUACCGAAAACAAGAAUUCAAGGCCCUUCAGGAAGGCACCGCUCAACGGGAAGGAGGAAAUUACUCGUGCAGUAAAUAUGAACCGAAUCCUUGUGAUGGUGACGACAACCUUGUAUACAAGGUGGCUGGAUCGGCCGUGGAAGAUGCGAAAAGUCUAGCGGAAAGUAGUCUUAAAGAGCUACAACAACUGUUAAACCAGGAGAAUAAAAUCGUAGCCAAACUCGACCAGAAUGUUACCAGCUUCAAAGCGGAAAGUCAUCAGCUAAGUGCAGUGCAUUCGGAUCUAGUUACAUAUAUAGCGCGUCAGUAUUCAGAGGCCUUACCGGAGAAGGAACAAUCGCUGAAGGGAAAACCGAAAGAAGAAGUUGGGAAACUGCAGCAACUUUUCAGUUAUUAUGAAAGUGAAAACGAAAAAUUAAAGCUACAGAUCACCAAUGAGGAACGUGACAAUCAAGACAAGUUGAACGAAAUCAAUACCCUGGAUACCGAGAUGGAAGAUUUAAACUAUCAAAAGGAUCGAUUGACGGAAGAAUUGGCUAAUCGCAAUGCCACUGUGAAUGGUUACAAGGCUAGAAUUGAAGUUCUGCAGAAACAACUUCAAUGAAUGCAACGUGCUAGACACAGUAAACUUGGUUGAAAAUAAAAAGCUCGUCCCGCGA